AUGUCCAGUGAGAAUUACGAUCCUCAUUUGCAUCGUGAAGUGUCGAAUGGGCUGUCCAAUGCGGCCGCUCUGGUGCACAUCCUCAAGGGUGCCAUUGGCUCUGGCAUCCUCGCAAUGCCGGACGCACUCAAAAAUUCCGGCUACAUCAGUGGAACGCUAGGCACUCUCGCGAUUGCCACUCUCAUUGUAUACACCAUCCACAUGCUCAUGAGAUGUCGAUACGCCAUAUGUAAGAAGCUCAGCGUGCCGUCAAUGUCCUACGCCGAGGCCAUGAAGACCGCCUUGGUCGGCGGACCGUCCUGUCUUCAGUCCUUCGCCAACAGCAGCGCCCACAUUGUCAAUAUAUUCCUCAUUGUCGCCCAAAUAGGAGCCUGCUGCAUCUACGUGACCUUCAUAUCGGAGAACCUGCAGAAGGUCCUGGCGCAAGCAGACGUGGACAUGGACAUCAGGGUCUACAUGCUGAUCAUCCUCGUGCCACUCAUCCUCAUCAAUUGCAUUCCAAAUCUGAAGAUUCUCGCUCCACUCAGCUUAUUCGCUAACCUGUGCUCCGCUAUUGGCAUCUCCACGAUUCUGUACUACGUGUACAAGGAUGGAGUGUCCUUUGAUGAUCGGCACGCCAUUAGCAAUGUCUCCCGCUGGCCUCUGUUCUUCGGCACGGUUCUCUUUGCACUGCAGGCCAUCGGUGUGAUAAUUCCAGUGGAGUACAAAAUGAAGCAUCCCAAGGAUUUCGGAGGAAUGCUCGGAGUACUGAAUAUCGCCAUGAUUAUCGUCACUCUGCUGUACGUCUUUGUGGGCUUCAGUGGUUACUUGAAAUACGGCGAAUAUGUUGAAGGAAGCGUGACACUUAAUCUACCCCAAAAUGAACCCUUGGCAAACUCCAUCGCCAUCAUGUAUUCCAUAUCGAUCUUUAUCAGCCACCCAUUGCAAGCGUAUGUGGCAAUUCAAACACUGUGGGACGAUUACUUCAAACAGCAUUUCAGGGAAAAUUCAACCAAAUUCAAAGUGGCUGAGUACGUCCUCCGCAUAUCCUUUGUGAUCUUGACAGUAUUAUUAGCCAUCGCCGUCCCCAAACUGGCUCUCAUCAUCUCAUUCAUUGGAGCAGUCGUCUUAUCCAUGCUCAGCUUCGUUUUUCCAGCUGUAAUGGAUAUCUGUAUUAUGCACGCGGAGCACGGAAGCAGAUCCAAUUGGCCACUAUGGCGCAACAUACUUGUAAUUAUUUUUGGAUUCACCGGAAUGACUACUGGCUUCUACGUCACUAUCCGUGACAUCGUAUCAACUUGAAUAAUUGCGGAGUAAAUUUAACAGUUGUAAAUAC